AUGAUUUCUUACGCCCUCAUCGCUGUGGCGACGGCAUGCCUCGUCCUGAUGAGCCCUUAUCGCGAGACACAUGGCUUCAUCGUUUAUAUCGCUGUUGCCCUGCUUUGUUGGGAGACCAAGUAUCCGCACCCACCCACCAUUACUGCAGAUGCCGACAUCUACUACGAAACUGGCCGUCAUAUUGUGAGCACCAACUGGAUGGUUAUUGAGGAUGAAAUUUCCAUGAUACAGAGUUGGCUCAAUUUCUUAAAGAACCGGCAUCCUUUAUAUGAAGGAGCCAUCGAUUCGAUCUGGUAUCUCUUGGAAUCCAUGCUAUCCUCGAUAAUUACUGCGACCCUUCCGGCUACAUUGCUAUGGUGCUUGCACCUGAUCUUGGUAUUCUACCAAAGGAUGAGAAAGUCGUUUGCCUACAUCAUGGAACGCCUCUCGAACUGGCUUGCGACUCCAAACGAGUGGUCCGUCACUGGGACGCCCGGGACUUAUCCCCUGGUUGAUCGGCCGAUCGACAACCAGGAGCCCGGGGUCCAAGACGCCCUGGACGCAACAGCCGAUCCCUCAUCCUCCUACCACUCUGAUACUAUGAGCCCGGAGCAGGAUCAGGAAAGGGUCACAGGUCCAGCUGUGCCCGAUACCCCCUGCCCGUCAGCCCGAGAGCAUGCUCUCAAGGUCGAGCUUUUGGAAAUGACGUUGGAACGAAAUAUUGUCAUGAGGGAGCUGGAACAAGCCAACAAGGAGAUGGAGGCGAUGAUGGCUCGGGAGGCACUUUUGAGUGCCGCUUUACCUACCCUCGCCUUCUCCCCCGUCAUGCGCGUCGCGUCAAUUGCCCCUCUCGCCCCGGUCGUCCAGCCUAACCCGACUUUAUCGACAUCGACGGCUGUAACCAUGGCUAUCAUUCUUCCGGAGAGUUCCUCCGAUCCUGUUCUCGGUCUUGUUCCUCCCACGACGAUUGUGGCCAUUGUGCCCGUCUCCCCUCCUCGUCCGGCUCCUACCGUCCCGAUGCCCGCCAUUUCAAGCCUCGAAGAAACGCUUGCCAUCUUCGAUUAUCCUAAGUUCGAUAUCUUUCGCGAUAAACCGGAUCGAAGCUCUCCUUCCGCGGACCAUAACGACGAGGAAAUGGACGACGCGCCUCGGUGUGGCCCUGAAGAGCAGCCGGCUUUCGCCGCUGGUCUGAUAUGCGUGCCCGAGAACCAUACUCCCGUUCAGAUAAACGAGGAGAUGGAGUCCGAGAUCUCGGUUACUGUCCCACAGCAGUCGAUGACUCUGAACACGGUGUUUUUACCCAUUGUGGGAUAUCCCACAAUGGACGUGUACCAAAGCCAAGAGGUUAAUAUGAGCGAGGAAGUCUGCCGCAACGACACGCCUAUUGCACUAGAUGCCAUGCAGCAAGACCAUUCUCUGAUAUCACCUAUACAUAUAACGGGACUCCUCGAAGAUACUCCCAUCCCUGCAGAGCCAAACCAUCCGCAAAUAUCCCCUAUACAUUCAACGGCACUUCUCGAGAACACUCCCAUCCUUACAGAGCUAGACGAGCCUCAAAUACACCCUAUCCCUUUGACGGCACUUCUUGAGAACACUCCCAUCCCUGCAGAGCCAGACUAUCCCCAAAUAUCACCUUUACCUAUAACGGCACUUCUGGAGAACACUCCCACCCCUGCAGAGCCAGUCCAUCCCCAAAUAGUACCUUUACCUAUAACGGCAUUCCUCGAGAACACUCCCAUCCCUGCAGAGCCAGACCACUCUCAAAUAUCCCCUACAUCUCUAACAACACUUCUCGAGAGCACUCCCCACCUGGCACAACCAGAUACCCCAAGCCACGACAUCAAACUGCAGGCUCCGGUUACUGAGGUCAGCGCGGGACAAGUCCCGGCCGGGCUGACCGUGGCGUCUCCCGAAGAAGUGCCUGAAUCUCUUAGCCAAAUGACCACAAUUGGCGAGACCGUUAGCCAGCCUGAGAUUGCCCCAGAGAUCACUGCUCCUACUUCUGCCACGACGGACUCAGAGCCAAGCGCAAAGCCAGAGCCAAGUAUAGCGUCAGGAUCUCCGAGGCCACCUGCACCAGAAACUCCCGUUGUACCAAAGAAGCCAUUACGUCGCAAACCAAAGGACCCGAACGCAAUGUUCGUAUCCAGGAACACUGUUGCAAAGCGGAAGGUGAACUUGGGUGCCGGCCGAAAGGCUGAGUACGAGAAAGAGGCAAAGUCCUCUCCUUCGACCGCCAACCCCCCUCCCCGUACCGCCCGGGACGAACUGCCCCCUUUGCCGGCCACGCCGGAGCCUUCUAAAAACCGCCCCCGCCCCCGACCACACGAAGACGAAGAUGAUCCAGACCGUGCUCGCAAGACGCCCGCCACCACGAACGCCGUCGUCGUUCUGUCUCCUCCUCAGCAGGGCCCAGCUGAGAUUGCCCAGCGCCGUCUCUUUGCGCCCCGAAAGAGUCGGUUCACUGCCGAACAGGUCACUGGCGCCCACGCCGCGGAGCUGGCUGACCGGGAGCGGCUGGACGCGGCACUUGCCUCACGCCGUGCUGUAGAAGCGGAGAGAGAAGAGGCGAAGAAGAAGGCUGACGAGAAGCUCAAGAAGUAG